UCUGGCCCCUCCCGUGCCAAGCCUGAUUCCUAACACCCUCGCCACCUCCCCCCCAACCCCCACCAUCCCCGCUGGCCAGUCUUCCCCGCGCUUGGCGCAAACAGGCGUCUCUUCCCCUUUAACGGGCCCGGCCCCGCCCCUGCCCUACCCCCAGCCCCCACUGCCCACCGAGGCUGAUCUGUCAGUCACUGCCCCAGCCGGAGCCGGCCAACCUCUCCACCCGGGACUCGGGCAGAGGCCCCGGCAGCCCAGCGUCCAUCUGCGCUUCAGAGCCAGCAAGGGCGCUCCUGGGGCCCCGGCCGGUCGCGCUCCCCCGGGAUGCAAGUCCCUGUGCCGACGCGCGGCAGAGGCCGGCACGAGCGCGGCUACUCCCGGUGCACAGGGAUGAAGCCGUCCCGGGGGCCCCGAUGCACCGCCGUGGCCAGCCCCGCGGGCCCCUGAGGCCGCCGCCCCGAGCGCUCCGCUGCUGGGCUCCCAGAGCUGCCUGGGGCGCCCUCCCCAACAGUCGAACCUCCUGCGGUCCUCCCUGACCCGGACCCAUGGAGCCGGCAGUGCUGGCCUCGCACAACCUCCCGCACCACGAGCCAAUCAGCUUCGGCAUCGAUCAGAUCCUGAGCUGCCCGGAACCCCCCGGGAGCGGCCUAGGCCCGGGUCGCCCCGGCCAGGGCCAUGGGGAGAGUGCGGCGUUCUCGGGUGGAUUUCACGGAGCCUCAAGCUACAGCCCCGCGGGCUCGCUGGCCCCGCUCCCCGGCAGCUCCGGCGUGGGCCCGGGCGGCGUGAUCCGCGUGCCGGCGCACCGCCCGCUGCCAGUGCCGCCGCCCGCGGGAGGCGCGCCUGCGGUGCCUGGACCCUCGGGCUUGGGCGGCGCCGGGGGCCUAGCGGGACUCACCUUCCCUUGGAUGGACAGCGGCCGCCGCUUUGCCAAGGACCGGCUCACGGCCGCGCUCUCGCCCUUCUCCGGGACGCGCCGCAUAGGCCACCCCUACCAAAACCGGACCCCGCCGAAGCGGAAGAAGCCGCGCACGUCCUUCUCCCGCUCGCAGGUGCUGGAGCUGGAGCGGCGCUUCCUGCGCCAGAAGUACCUGGCCUCGGCCGAGAGGGCGGCGCUCGCCAAGGCCCUGCGCAUGACAGACGCUCAGGUCAAGACCUGGUUCCAGAACCGGCGCACCAAGUGGCGGCGCCAGACGGCGGAGGAGCGCGAGGCGGAGCGGCACCGCGCUGGCCGGCUGCUCCUGCACCUGCAGCAGGACGCGCUCCCGCGGCCGCUGCGGCCGCCGCUGCCCCCGGACCCGCUCUGCCUGCACAACUCGUCGCUCUUCGCGCUGCAGAACCUGCAGCCCUGGGCCGAGGACAACAAGGUGGCUUCCGUGUCCGGGCUCGCCUCGGUGGUGUGAGCGACGCCUGCCCGACCAGCCGAGGGCUCUUUUCCGAACCGAGGCGCCGCGUGAGCGCCCGGCUGCCCAAGCCGUGGUCCCGUGGCAGCGGAGCGUGUGAGAAGGAGCCGGCCCUCAGGCUACCGUCGAGGGCUCCUCCGCCACCUUGGGAUCCCAGGCCAGCAUUGCGCAGUUGCCCAGCGCGCUUAGACGCAGCCUUUCCCGCCAUUUUUCACUUAGACUGUUGCACCGCGGCUGGAACCUGGGGCGCCAAGAGGGCGGGACCUGUACUAUGGCAGCCAAUGAGGUGCGGG